AUGUCCCACCUGUCCUCACCAAAUUAUGAGCUAAUCAGACAGUUUCUGAAGAUUCUUCAUUCAUACUGUUUAGCUGGGAGUGAUCCUGCAGUUUACAACCAGAGGGAAGCUGACCAAUCAGCUCUCAUUCAUGUCAGUGAUGUUGGGGAGACUUCAGAGAACAGAGAACCUUCCUCCUCUCAGACUCAGCCUCCUCUUCCUCAGACUGAAGAUGAGACUGUUCCGGUACCAGAACCAUGUCCCAUCAGAUAUUACCAACAGAAGCUUCAGUCAAACUUCCAGGACACGUUUAUGGUUGCCACAGAGGGGUGGGCAGCAGAUGAGGAGCUUCUGGUUGAUAUCUACACAGAGCUGUACAUCACAGCUGGCCGGGACGUGCACGUCAACACACAGCAUGAGGUCCUACAGAUUGACAAGGUGUGGAAGCCAUCAGACACAGAGACACAGAUCCAACCUAGAGACAUUUUCAAGCAUCCUUCUGGAAAAGACAUACCCAUCAGAACAGUGCUGACCAAUGGGAUUGCAGGGAUUGGAAAAACAUUCCUCGUGCACAAGUUUGUAUUGGACUGGGCCGAAGAAAGAACCAAUCAAGACGUGCAUCUUAUUUUCCCGUUCACUUUCCGUACCCUGAAUUCACUGCAGGGAAAAGAGUUUGGUUUGGCAGAGCUCAUUCAUGACUGUAUCCCAGAAACUAAAGACGUCUCAGUGGAGGCUCUGAAUUACAUCUUUACCGCUCUGCAGUCAUCAGGAACCAGCAGCUACAAGAAGAGCAGAUUCAAACUGCUGUUUGUGUUUGAUGGACUGGACGAGAAUCGCCUUCAUCUGGACUUUGAUGUCAACAACAUUCGCUCCGUGGACGUAACAAAGUCAACUAAAAUAGAAGUCCUACUGAGGGGACUUAUCAGUGGAAAACUGUUGCGCUCAGCUCGCAUCUGGAUAACCACACGACCUGCAGCAGCCAAUCAGAUCCCUCAAAACCUCAUUAACACUACAACAGAGGUCAGAGGGUUCACCGACCCACAGAAGGAGGAGUACUUCAGGAAGAGAUUCAAGGAGCAGACCAGCAGCAUCAUCUCCCACUUGAAAAAGUCACGAAGCCUCCACAUCAUGUGCCACAUCCCAGUGUUCUGCUGGAUCACUGCUAUAGUUCUGGAGGAGCUGCUGGAAACCAGAGAGGGAGAAGAUCUGCCCAGAACCCUGACUGAGAUGUACGCAGAGUUUCUAAGAUUUCAGAUUGAUCAUACAAAAGAAAAGUAUGGUCCAGAGAAGUGCAUUCAGUACAUUAAGUCAUUAGCUAAACUGGCUUUUGAACAGCUGCAAAAGGGCAACCUGAUCUUCUAUGAGAAAGAUCUGAGAGAAAGUGGCAUCGAUGUGAGUGAAGCCUCAGUGUACUCAGGAGUGUUCACAGAGAUCUUCAAAGCAGAGCGAAGACGGAAACAGGAAGACAAGAUGUUCAGCUUCGUCCAUCUGAGUGUUCAGGAAUUUCUGGCUGCUCUUCAUGUCCAUCUGACCUUCAUCAACUCUGGAAUCAACCUGCUGGAAAAACAACAACAAACAAUCUCCAACAAACCUGAUCCAACAGUUUUCUACCAGAGAGCUGUGGACGAGGCCUUACAGAGUCCAAACGGACACCUGGACUUGUUCCUGCGCUUCCUCCUGGGUCUGUCACUGCCAACCAAUCAGAAUCUCCUACGAGGCCUGCUGACACAAACAGGAAGUAGCUCACAGACCAAUCAGGAAACAGUCAAGUACAUCAAGGAGAAGAUCAGUGAGAAUGUGUCUGCAGAGAGAAGCAUCAAUCUGUUCCACUGUCUGAAUGAACUGAAGGAUGUUUCUCUAGUGGAGGAGAUCCAACAGUCCCUGAGAUUAGGACGUCUGUCCACAGAUAGACUGUCUCCUGCUCAGUGGUCAGCUCUGGUCUUCAUCUUACUGUCAUCAGGAGAACAUCUGGACGUGUUUGACCUGAAGAAAUACUCUGCUUCAGAGGAGGUUCUUCUGAGGCUGCUCCCAGUGGUCAAAGCCUCCAUCAAAGUUGUACUUAAUAACUGUAAUCUGUCAGAGAGAAGCUGUGGAGCUCUGUCCUCAGUCCUCAGCUCCCAGUCCUCCAGUGUGACAGAGCUGGACCUGACUAACAACAACCUGCAGGAUUCAGGAGUGGAGAGUCUUUCUGCUGGACUGGAGAGUCCACACUGUAAACUGGAAGCUCUCAGGCUGUCAGGCUGUCUGGUCACAGAGGAAGGCUGUGCUUCUCUGGCCUCAGCUCUGAGCUUCAAGACCUCAAAUCUGAGAGAGCUGGACCUGAACUACAACCAUCCAGGAGACUCAGGAGAGAAGAUGCUGAGAGCUAAAGUGGAGGAUCCAGACUGUAGACUGGAAACUCUCAGCCUGCCAGAGUUCUUUGAGGACAUCGCUGGAAGAAAAGUUCUCCGGACUUUGUUCAAGAAAAGAAGACCAAACUCUGUUGAUGAAGAAAAGUUCCAGUCGGUCUACAGAGUCACCAAGAAGAGAAGAAAGAAGAACAGCCGCCGAGCCAAAGAGGGGAAGACGGUAUCGGAGACGACAGCUGGAGGCUGCCCUCACCCAGAGAGACGGGAGAGUCGGGGACUUUCCACCACCGUUCAUCUGCCCAGGUCAUCGGGGCUUCCUCACCACCGUUCCAGCUUCUGCUUCUAA